GCUGACCUUAGAGGUGGCGGCCAUGGGGCGCUCGAGUUGGCGGUUGGUGUUCGCGGCUGGUGCGGGUCUCGCGCUGGCCCUAGAGGCACUGCCGUGGCUGAUGCGUUGGCUGCUGGCUGGGCGGCGGCCAAGGCGCGAGGUGCUCUUCUUCCCCUCACAGGUGACCUGCACCGAGGCUUUACUGCAGGCCCCAGGGUUGCCUCCCGGGCCCUCGGGCUGCCCGUGUAGCCUCCCCCACAGCGAGAGUUCACUGAGCCGCCUGCUGCGCGCGCUGUUGGCCGCCCGCUCCAGCUUGGAGCUCUGCCUCUUCGCCUUCUCCAGCCCGCAGCUGGGGCGUGCAGUGCAGCUGCUGCAUCAGCGUGGGGUGCGCGUGCGGGUCAUCACUGACUGCGACUACAUGGCCCUCAACGGCUCUCAGAUCGGCCUGCUGCGCAAGGCAGGGAUACAGGUACGGCACGACCAGGACCUAGGCUACAUGCACCACAAGUUUGCCAUCGUUGACAAGAAGGUGCUCAUCACCGGCUCCCUCAACUGGACCACACAGGCCAUCCAGAACAACCGGGAGAACGUCCUGAUUAUGGAGGACACCGAGUAUGUGCGGCUGUUCCUGGAGGAGUUUGAGCGCAUCUGGGAAGAAUUUGACCCCACCAAGUACAGCUUUUUCCCCCAAAAGCAUCGAGGGCACUGACCCUGCUUUGUUUGCUCCUCUUCCAGCUUGUGCUUGUGAUGUCCCCUCCUGCUUUGCAUGAGCCUUUCCUGGCUGGCUGGGGAGCAGCUGCCAGUCUUCCUGUGCAUGCAGCCCCAGCAGAAGUUAGGAAGGUGACAGUGUUGGACAGUACUGUAGGCUCCCUAGUACUUGCCUAGAUAGGCAGCAUCCUCUCCUGGGCAUCACUAGACAGGCCUCAGAGUGCAUUGGCCCUUGUCUCCAAGGCAGUGUUUAGUCGCUGGUGGGCACUACCCAUUGGCCACGCCUGCAGCUUGCCCAGGCUUUGCUUUGCUUGUCCGUGCCCCUCACACGUAGAGCCAGACUGUGGACUUGGGAGGGGCCUCGCCUCUAGCCCUGUGGUGGACUCUGCGUUUACUCAGUAGUGGAUCAGAAGCUGACGACAAAGGGAACCCUGGAGGUAAGCAGGCUGCCCAGGCUGUUACCUCAGCUCUGCUGGGCACUGACAGGAGUCGGAGGAACAGCUUCUCGCGCACAUCUGUGACAUGAGUUGCAUUUUGUCAUUGUUCAUGCUUGUGUGCACGACAAACUCCAUGCGGCUCCUGACGUGUCUGUCCUUUAACUUAACAGCAGACACUGUGCAAUGCAUGUUUUCUCACUUAAAAACAUUUUUUUGGGGGGUGGGGGUGGAAGGAGGUGGGGAGGGUCUCACUCUGUAGCCCUGGCUAACCUGGAACUCACUAUGUAGUCUAGGCUAGUCUUCAGUUCAGAGAUCUGCCGGGUUUGCUUCAAGCACUGGGAUUAAAGGCGUGCACCACCAGACCCUGCUGUUUUCGCACUUUUUUUUUCUUUUUUUUUUUUUUUAAGGAAAGGAAAGAGGAAGGGAGAGUGGGGGGAGCAUGUUGGAGUAACAAGUCCUGAUAUCCCCUUCUUGGGCCACCCUUAGCCUCUCUUCCUCAGGUCCUCAAUCCCAUGUUUUCACACUUUUUAACGUUCCUUUUACUUAGUGUUAGACAAGUAAACUUGAUGUUGAUUUUCCAAAAGAUUGAACAGAAACGGAGACCCUUAACUUGUGGCAUAUUUCAAUAAAUAUUUUCAAGUAUGAGCUG